UGUCUGACCCUAGUUUAAAAUACUUUCCGACUAAUGUCAUGGGGUGAAUUUAUCAUCUGUUACGAUCCAUCAUUUAUAUCACUUAGACCGAACCUCAAACCUAAACUGGCAAAGUGAUGAUAAUUUAUUUUAAUUUUUAAUUACUAUAUACUUUAUUUUUUUUGUAGUUUAACUACUAUAUACUUUAUAAUCAUUUUAUUCUUUCUAUUGAUCAUAAUCUUUUUUCCAUUUGUUCUCAAUUUUAUAGUACGAUGUUAUCUACUAUUAAUUAUUGUAUUUGUAAGAAAUAAUUUAUUGUAUUUGUAUAGAGUUGAUGUAUUUACAGAAGCUAAACUCAAAAUUUUGGAGGAGGAAUCCAAGGCUACCGAAUUAUUUUAUGAAUAUUAAUAUCUGGUUUCACAAAUUUUGUUGCUUAGGAUAUAGACGUAGACAGAGGAACACGUGCACAUGUCUCAUUUAUAAUCUAAGCUCAUCAAUGCAUACAUAUGUUUUCUUAGAUCCAUGCACAUAUAUAUCUACUAAUGCAUAUGAAUAUGAUCGAUCAUAACUAAUUAGUAAAGAAAAUACAGGCUACUAUAUUACUGAUAAAUGUUUAAAUUCAGGUUAGUAUAGGGUCAUAGGCUUUUGUGAUUAUACAGAACAUGACAAAAAUAUAGGUUAAGGUUUCGCUUUCAGGGGAAACAACGAAAUAACCAAGUGGCGCCACUUAAGGGUGCUACAUAAUAUCAAAUGGUUUUAUUCUUUUAGUAGUAAUAGCCGAAACAUGUAGAAUGUAAAUGUCAUCACCUUCUUGUUUUAUCUUAAUCAAUCGUGAUUAGAUGAUGGUCGUUCCAAGCGAAUACCACCUUUGUACAAACGAAGAACGUAUGUCUUUGCUUUUAAUACAACUAAUUAAAAAAAUUUGGUAUAUAUAUGUCUUCUAGCUAAUAAAUAUGGAAAUAAAGAUAAACGGUAAGAAAGUUCGUGACGAAUGAUUGAAAUGGUGAAUGAUAAUUGAAGAAGUGGGCCACGUGAGGAAGUAUGUACUUUUAAAGCGGGGCAUUACGAAGCCCUUCCUAUCUCCAUCCACAUGGAAACGUUUGUUUCUUACGGUCUUGCCUUCUACUUUGGUGGUACGGUCCUGAUAAGUAACAUGCGACUGUAAUUAUUGUAUUGUCUUGUGGGUGUGAUUGGUAAACUUGUACCGUAGCAUGGCUGCGCGCGGUUAUUGUGACUAAUCGAUCAAAUUAAUGGUAACCCAAAGUCGGAGGAGAACAAAAGUGGUACGAAACCCUUACCGUUUUAAUGUUUUAUACCAUCUAUGGAAUUAGAUUUGAACCUUUUUUACUGAAAUACUAAAACUUAGCUAGGUUUUCGCUUCCACCUUAAUUAUUACUCCCGUUGAUCUACGUCUAGAAUUGUCCACGGACCAUAUUGCUCCGUUCCGCAUGCAACACUUUCCUCAUUAAGUAGGUUAUUUUAGUUUCAUGAUAUAAAAUACAUUGGUGAAAACAUAGAUAGUUUAUGUUUUUACUAUGAAGAGUUAUGUAUUAUACUGAUAUCAGAAAUUUUACUUCGAGUUUAGAUUUGAGAAGACCUCGUUACUACAAAAAGUUAUAUGUUACCUAUGGAAUUUGUAUCAAAGGCAGUCAGCAUUAUUAACUUCGUCUAAAUGGAUAACGCAUGCAGAAAGGAAUUAUUGGACGAUAGACAAUAAUAAUGAUUACUUACAUAAACAUAAAAUAAGGAAAAGUGAUAGUCAUAAAGCCUAAGCUACGGAGCACUUGAGGCUAGACAAGAAGGGACACCUUCGAUGAGUGAAUCUCUGCCGCACCACAAUCUUGCAUCAUUCUCAUCCCUUGCUCUUGGACAAUACAAUUAAUACAAUAAAAGCUAAAACGUUUUUUUUCCUAAUUUUGGUCUUGCUACAUCUUUAGUUCUUUUUUUCCCAUAUAUAAAUGAUUCAAUUAUUAUUUUUGUACAUUCACUAAAUUACAAAACUGUAGGUAAGUGGUCAUAUAUGUUGGAGACGGUUUUAUUAGAAGUAUAUGGUUUUGGGUUUGCGCAUAGUACAACAGAAUGUAGUUUAUCAUCUAACAGUUAGUUUAUAUGGGAAGAUAUGGGCUAAACACAAUAUUUAAGAUGGGCAGUAGAUUAUGGAGAUAUAAUCAUGUAGUACAAUUGGCUUUCACAAGCUUAUAUAUUUACGACCAUGCUAUACCCAUUAAUUAUUGCGAUGAAGUACAUUGUCAACUUCGGCUUAAAAUACAUGUGUGUUUUUUCACAAACAUAUGUACUAAUAUCCUGGGUGGCAUGUUCUAUUUAUAUGAAUGACGUUGUAUACUUUUAAAAGCAUCUCUAACAAACCAUAAAACCCUCAAAUUUAUGGUUGUUGACUCUCAAAAACCUUUAAAUCCUAAAAUUUUGAGGAUCUAAACAGUGAAACCUCAAAAUACUAUUUACUAGUCCAGUUAUUUACCAAAAAGGCAUUUCUCACUCAUACAAAGUUAACCAAAUAUAAGUAUAAGCAAUGGCUUGCGCCCACUACUCUGAUAUUUGUUUUGUCAACAAACGGACAACCAAAUAAUAUGGCUAUUAAUGUUUUGGACGGUUAGUUUUUACGUAAAAAUAUAUACCCGCACUAGAUUUUAAUUAAAUUAAUUUCCGGAUUAAAUAUUCUUUGCCAUCUUUGUUAACGCAAUUAGGGGGGGGGGGGGGGGGGGGGGGGGGGGUAGGGGUAUAGUUUUACCUUUGGAUCCUGCCUUUAUCCCCACAUAAAAGUCGGUCAUUGUUCAUAUCUUUAAAUAUUAUAUCACGUACGGAUAAUAAAUAUUUGUAGGCACUACCGAAUUAUUUGCAUUUCUAUUGUUUUGAUAGGCCUACUUCAAAAGCUAGCUUUCUCUCUCGUCUCUGUUCUCUCUCUAAAACUUUUCACAGAGAAGAGAGAAAGCUUCCGUUUGUGUUGCUCGCCGGUUCUCUCUGGCCACGACUCCCGUCUAUCGGGCUCUUGACUCUGGGUUGAAGUGGUUUCUAUAGCAUCUCAUCGCCGGCUUUGACUCCGGGAAGUGAUGGCUCCAAAAGCAUCUUCUUCGCCGGCUACUCUUGGAGUUUUUUCUCCAGGAUUCCGUUCGAUCGCCGCUUCUGUUCUUCUCUGUCUCGACUGACUCUUGAUCUAAUCCGUCGAUUGUUCUUUCCUAUCCCUUCAGGAGGUCGUUUCAUCUUCAAGCUUAUCAGUAUCAUUAAAGAUGUCCGAUCAAUCAUGCAGAAAAAUCGAUGUUUGUUUUUAGAUCGAUUGAAGACAGUUGUUUUCUCUCCCGAAGUGUUCGAUUUGUCAGAUUAGCCUUAUCGACAGUGAUUUCCGGUGAGAGUUGUUCGGUUUGAGCAGCUUCUUAUUCGGCUUGCCUCUCCUAUUCGGUGGAGCUCCGUCGUCGCGGCUCGUCUCUGACACCGGAGGAAGAUGACGGUCCCUUACCUUGAUGCGUGUCUCUUGUACGCAGGGCGUACGUCCACGUGGUGGGUGAUGAAUCUCUCUUCCCCUACGGUUUCCUCUUGCUGGGCUUCAUGCCUCAAGAGUUUCCUUAGUUUGGGCCUUCGUGUUGGGCCUUUGUGUUGGUCUUGUUGUUUUGCCCAUCUUUGGGCUUUUUCUUUGUAUUAUACAGUUUAUGUUUAAUAAAUCUUCAGUGAAAAAAAAAAAAAAAAAAAAAAAAAAAGUAGGCCUACUUCAAAGUUCAUAAGGUUUGCCUUUCUUUUGACUUCAACAAUGUUUUGCCAAUUCAUGAUAUUUUUUUAAUUCUGGAAAAGUUGAACAACUAACAAAAGUGUAAUCUCGCAAUUUCCGGCCUGUAAGCUUAUUUAUUUGGGCCAGAUAUGGGCUUUAUGCUAAGGUAACUUUCUUAGUCCGGUUACCUCCUCCAAUAAUUCAGUUAACCGUUAUACUUCCCGUUAGAUUAUGACAUCUUCACCGAACCAAUAGUGGGACCACACGUGUCGUCAACUCAGCCACGAACUUGAAAAAAAAUCUAUUCAUUUCUCUUAAGAGAAAAAAAGAACC